UUUUGAUUUGUAUCAACUCCAGUGUAGCUUCACAUAUAUCCGCGUCCUUUUCCUCUUCUUCUUCUUCCUCUUUUUUCUCGAUUCCUUUCACUGUCUGCUAGGGUUGGAGUGCGCUGUUUUACUCUUCCUAAUCUUUCCCUAUAUUUUCUACAUCAAUUUCGCAACACUCUCAGAUAAACUAUGACAAUGGAAGUCACCCAGGUGCUUUUGAAUGCACAAUCUAUAGAUGGAAAUGUGCGGAAACAUGCAGAGGAAAGCUUGAAACAGUUUCAGGAGCAAAAUCUACCUCUUUUUCUGUUUUCAUUAUCAGGAGAGUUAGCUAAUGAUGAGAAGCCUGUUGAUAGUCGUAAAUUAGCAGGCUUGAUUCUAAAGAAUGCCUUAGAUGCAAAGGAACAACAUAGAAAAUUUGAGCUUGUUCAGAGAUGGUUGUCACUGGAUGCUGCUAUCAAGAGCCAGAUAAAGACAAGCUUGCUAAAUACCCUAUCUUCUCCAGUAUCUGAUGCUCGGUCAACUGCCUCUCAAGUAGUUGCCAAGAUUGCUGGGAUUGAGCUACCUCAGAAACAGUGGCCUGAGUUGGUAGGAUCACUUUUAUCUAAUAUUCACCAGCUACCUGCACAUGUUAAGCAAGCAACGUUGGAGACCCUUGGAUAUUUGUGUGAGGAAAUUUCUCCUGAUGUUGUGGACCAAGAUCAAGUAAAUAAAAUUCUUACUGCCGUAGUUCAAGGUAUGAAUGCAUCUGAAGCAAACAAUGAUGUGAGGCUUGCUGCCACUCGAGCAUUGUACAACGCUCUAGGCUUUGCUCAAGCAAAUUUUAGCAAUGAUAUGGAGCGUGAUUACAUCAUGAGAGUUGUAUGUGAGGCUACUUUGUCUCCAGAAGUGAAGAUGAGGCAAGCGGCUUUUGAAUGUUUGGUUUCUAUUUCGUCAAUGUAUUACGAAAAAUUAGCUCCUUAUAUGCAGGACAUUUUUAGCAUCACAGCAAAGGCUGUGAGGGAAGAUGAAGAACCUGUGGCCCUCCAGGCAAUUGAGUUUUGGAGUUCAAUUUGUGAUGAGGAGAUAGACAUCUUGGAAGAAUAUGGUGGUGAUUUCACUGGAGAUUCUGACAUUCCUUGUUUUUAUUUUAUCAAGCAGGCUCUCCCUGCUCUUGUCCCAAUGUUGUUGGAAACUCUCCUUAAGCAAGAGGAGGAUCAGGAUCAGGAUGAAGGGGCUUGGAACAUUGCAAUGGCAGGGGGGACAUGCCUUGGCUUGGUUGCAAGGACUGUGGGAGAUGACAUUGUGCCACUUGUUAUGCCAUUCAUUGAAGAAAAUAUUACAAAACCAGAUUGGAGGCAAAGGGAGGCAGCGACAUAUGCUUUUGGCUCGAUUUUGGAGGGUCCUUCACCUGACAAGUUGACACCUAUUGUUAAUGUGGCUUUGAGUUUCAUGCUUACUGCUUUGACAAAGGACCCAAAUAGCCAUGUGAAAGACACCACUGCUUGGACUUUGGGACGAAUCUUUGAAUUCCUUCAUGGUUCAACUGUGGAUACACCCAUAAUUACUCAAGCAAAUUGCCAACAGAUUAUAACAGUUCUGCUCCAAAGCAUGAAGGAUGCUCCAAAUGUGGCUGAGAAGGCAUGCGGUGCCCUGUAUUUCCUUGCCCAAGGUUAUGAAGAUUCAGGCCCAUCAUCUCCCUUGACACCUUAUUUCCAGGAAAUUGUGCAUGCUCUUCUAACUGUUACUCACAGAGAAGAUGCUGGAGAGUCCCGGUUGAGGACUGCUGCAUAUGAAACGCUGAACGAAGUGGUGAGGUGCUCAACUGAUGAAACAGCUCCGUUGGUGUUGCAGCUGGUUCCAGUCAUCAUGACAGAGCUUCACAAAACUCUUGAAGGGCAGAAGCUUGGAUCUGAUGAGAGAGAGAAACAGGGCGAGUUGCAAGGGCUUCUUUGUGGGUGCUUACAAGUUAUCAUUCAGAAGUUAGGUUCAUCAGAGCCUACUAAGAUUGUGUUCAUGCAAUACGCAGACCAAAUAAUGGGGCUUUUCCUGAGGGUUUUUGCUUGCAGAAGUGCAACUGUGCAUGAGGAGGCAAUGCUAGCCAUUGGAGCACUUGCAUAUGCAUCUGGUCCUGAUUUUGCAAAAUACAUGGCAGAGUUUUAUAAAUAUUUGGAAAUGGGUCUUCAGAAUUUUGAGGAGUACCAAGUGUGUGCUGUUACAGUUGGUGUUGUGGGGGAUAUCUGCAGGGCGAUAGAAGAUAAAGUUUUGCCUUAUUGUGAUGGGAUUAUGACACAACUUCUGAAGGAUUUAUCCAGCAAUCAGUUGCAUCGAUCUGUGAAGCCUCCCAUUUUCUCAUGCUUUGGUGACAUUGCCUUAGCAAUAGGAGAGAAUUUCGAGAAGUAUUUGAUGUAUGCCAUGCCCAUGCUUCAAAGUGCUGCAGAGUUGUCUGCUCGUACAGCUGGCACUGAUGAAGAGAUGAUUGAUUAUUCAAAUUCACUGAGAAAUGGGAUUUUGGAGGCUUAUUCUGGAAUUCUUCAGGGGUUUAAAAACUCUCCUAAAACGCAACUUUUGAUUCCUUAUGCACCCCAUAUGCUCCAGUUCCUGGAUAGCAUAUACAUGGAGAAAGACAUGGAUGAUGUGGUUAUGAAAACUGCCAUUGGUGUCCUUGGGGAUUUAGCAGAUACACUGGGAAGUAAUGCUGGUUCUUUGAUACAACAAUCUCUUACUGUCAAAGACUUUUUAAAUGAAUGUUUAUCUUCUGAAGAUCAUAUGAUUAAGGAAUCUGCUGAGUGGGCCAAGUUGGCCAUAAGCCGUGCCAUUUCUGUUUGAGGUUGUUCAUACUCAGGCAUUUUUUCCUCUACAAAUCCCUGCAUGCAUUUGGGUGUAUUGAGUCGGGGUCUGGGUUGAAUUUGUGUCAGGUCGUGCCAUCAACAGAUAACGAUAGUUAUCUUCAGGCUGUCACUAACUAUUGCAUCAGCAUCGUGGUUCUAUUGGAGGUAUUGGGUAGUGAUUAUGUUGCAGGUGUGGGCAAAGGCAUUUGUUUCAAAGGUUUAAGAAAAAAAUGUUGGCCAUAGCAUACAGAAUCGUUGCAAGUGAGGGAGAGGUAACGUUGGUUUGCUGAAUAGAUACAGGUCAGGUAGCAUUUUGUCAGCUGCUAUUUAUUGGUGAUACCUCUUCUCACCAGACUACCUAUUGCUGUCUCGGUGGUUGUCUCUGAAGUACCUCUAGGUUGUGGGAGUGGAGGGCUGCAGGGAGUCUGUUGAAGUUUUGUGACACUUGAAGACCACCCAAGUGCCGCAUUUUAGAAGACCCUCAAUUCAUUAAUGAUUUUUUUUGCCCCUUUUCAUAUUUCAUUCAAUGAUGUCUUGUAUUAGUUCAUCAUUAUGUCUGUCAUGGUCAGGUUGUAUUUUAACUAUCGCACACUCUUUCGGUAUACUCGAUUGGGGGGUCUUCAACAUUUUAUAAUUGAGGGAGUUGCGUCCUGCAUUGCAUUAUUCAUUUUUCUUUUAUUCUGUUCUCAUAGAUCCCAAGUCAGUCAUUCUGCAUUCAUUAAAUCAUAUAUACUUAUUUUCUUUCCCCGUUUUCUCAAAUACAAAGUCUCUUCGUUUUUGUCAAAAAAGAAUGUGUAAUGUUUUGGGAUUGUAGAUAAGAUUAUUAUACUAAAAUGUCUUCAUCUCUGGAGAUUGAUUCUCACAAGGAGCAAGACGUAGUGCAAUUAUAUUUUGUUGCAUGGUUCAUUUUUGGGCCUGUGAGUAUUGGUUGGGGUGCAGGCUAUGCGUCUUGUUGAUCCUUUGAUUUGUUUUUUCCUGUUCUAUAUUUUUCGGUUCUUGGAAAUUUUAUAUUUGCUCCUUUGUUUUUUUUUUUUUUUUCAUUUUGUUCAAAUAGAUUUCCACUGUAUAACAGGUAACCAACUUUUUGGUAUUUUGUAGACUGCGAAUUUCAAUUCAAUCUACCUGUUUCCUACCUGUAAUUUCUAAUCUGCCCAAGUGGCAUGCGCUAAUCAUGCUGCCAGAAAUUAUCUUGAGCAUCUAUCAAACUAUCCAUGAAUGUGAUAUCUUUAGUUGCAUAACAA